CCUGUGCUGAAGGCAGCAUUUCCCAGAGGAAGCAGUGGCUCUAUGGCAGCCUCUGCUGCAGGAAGGGAGGCGAUGCCAGGCACAGGCCCCGGAGAUUGGGAACGUGACUUCCGUCAUUUGUUAAAGCACAGUUUAAGGAUCUUGGAGCUUGGUGGUGAUGAACCUGAUGAUGAUCCUGAUGAUGAAGAUGAGCCUGUUGACGAAGAUGAUCCUGUUGACGAAGACUAUCCUGUGAAUGGAGAUGAUCUGGAUUCCCAACGCAUACCCAUUACUGAGGCUCUGGGAGAUGCUGAGGGUGUGUCUGCAGGGAGGACUUUGGUGGAUGUUGCACGCAGGCCCAGCUCCCAUGGCAGGGGUCCUCCAAGAAGGAAGAAGAAACCUAUAGGAGCUAGUACAUCCCUGGAGGAAUCCAAACAUCUGGAAAAACUCCUGAGUGGUGUGGACAGCCAGCGUGAUGCAGCCAGCACCUCAACACAUUCUGACAUCAUCUGGAAAAGCAUGAGAAGAGUUUUCUGCUGGGGAACACCUUGUUUGAUUAAGUUGAUGGCCAUUGUGGCUGGUGUGGCACUGUGCCUGAUGAUGUGCUGUGCAGGAAUCUGGUAUUGCUGGAAGAGAAAAUCGUGCUCCUGUGCAUCUUCAGAAGAUGAUCCUAAAAAUAGAGACAACGACAACUUGACAAUUUAUCCCAGCUAUCCACUUCUGCCCCCAUCUGCCCUGCCGUGGCUGCACCACCAUAAUGAAGGCAUCCCCAAAUCCACCCCUCCUCAACGAGACCCUCUGCCCCCGAGCCCCCUGGUCCUGUUCCCUGGCCAGGACUGA